UCAUUCGGUUUGGGCCCAUUUUAUUAAACCGGGCUUAAUUUAGGGUAAGGCCCAAGCAGUAGUUUACGCCUCUCAAUAUUUAAGGUCACGCUGCGCUGUUCUAAGGGUUUCGUUCUCUACGAAGGAAGGAAGAAGAAGAUAAGAGGUUGAAGAAGAUGCCAGGCCCAGUCAUUGAAGAAGUUAACACUGAGGAGCAGUUGAUGGAUGCCAUCAAAGAGCAAAUGAAGCUCCAGAAUGACGAUGAUGUCGUUGUGGAGGAUGUGAAAGAUGGAGAGGAGGAAGAUGAUAUUGAUGACGACGAAGACGAUAACGUUGAUGGAGCUGGUGAGAAUGAGAGCUCAAAGCAAAGUAGAAGCGAGAAGAAAAGCCGCAAAGCAAUGCUGAAACUUGGAAUGAAACCUGUCACUGAUGUUAGCAGAGUCACAAUCAAGAGAUCAAAGAACGUUUUGUUUGUCAUCUCGAAGCCAGAUGUGUUCAAGAGUCCCAACUCUGAGACCUAUGUGAUAUUCGGUGAGGCCAAGAUUGAUGAUAUGAGCUCUCAGCUGCAAGCCCAAGCUGCUCAGAGGUUCAAGAUGCCUGAUGUUGGAUCUAUGAUCCCCAACGCUGAUGCCUCCGAAGCAGUCACUGUUGCACAAGAGGAGGAAGAUGAUGAUGAUGUUGAUGAGACUGGUGUUGAAGCUAAGGACAUUGAUCUUGUGAUGACUCAAGCUGGUGUCUCAAAGGCCAAAGCCGUUAAGGCUCUUAAGACUAAUGAUGGAGAUAUCGUUUCCGCCAUUAUGGAACUCACUACAUAGGUUGAGUUUCAAGAACCCGCAUUGGUCCUCUUUUGUAGUUCACUUGCAUUUCCGAAGCAUUUUCUUGAACAUUAUUUGUAUUUCCCCACUUUUAAGGCUUAUUUUUUCCUUCUAUGAGCCAUAAACAUAUUUCCUUCAAAGUCUAUAAUUGACACAUCUUAUCUUA